AUGAUCAGACGGAUCUUCGGCGGUCUGGUGUGGAUCCUGGUGGCAUCCACGCUGGUGGUUCCUGUUAACCCUCAGGGCUGGGUGAUGUUCGUUUCAGUCUUCUGCUUCGUCAUGACGUUUAUCUGGAUGGUGGUGUUUGCGUGCGGAGGGCAUCAAAACAGAGGAAUCUGGGCUGCAGCAGACUUUGGGUAUCACGGAAUCGCUGCCUUUUUCUACCUCAGUGCCUCUGUGGCAUUGGCCAAAGUGACACUGGACAUGAGGGGUGGGACAAGCUUCCGAAACUACCAGCUGGACAUCUCUGCUGUGGUUUUCUCCUACGUGGCAACUCUGCUCUACUUCAUCCACACCAUCCUGUCUGCCAUACGAUGGAAGUCUUUCUGAGCAGAUCUGCAUUCGGAGCGACAUCUCUCCGGAGGGGACGAGAGGAACGUGAGGACCGGCAUCAGAGCGUCCCAUCACAGAACAGACCAAUCAGAGACACUUUCUCAUUAAAACAUCUGUAAACAAUUAAAGCUUCAUAAGUCACAUCUCCUCCCCUUUACGUUUUCACUCACGUGAUGACACUUCCUAGUUUAUAAACGUGGCUACUUCCUGUUUCUCUGCGCUGAUUUUAAAAUGAUUCUGAAAUAUAUAUAAAAAAUUAUAAGAUUAUAUUUCAGAGAUCACAAGACAUUUUAAUCAAAGUCUUUGAAACUUCUGGUUUAAAAAAAAAAUGUUUUUAAACUUCUGAAUUCUCUGAAAAAAUAACAGGACAUUUAAAAAAAAAAUUUUUUUACAAAGACGUGUAAAUCAGUGAACUUCUAGUGAUGAAAGAUACAACAGAACACUCAAAGUACUUGGUCUUUUUCAAAUCUCUCAUUCUCUUCAAAAUCCAAAACAAUAAACACCAACCAGAAUUUACAUUUUUAAAUAACUGCUCUCAUAUCUGGCACACCGAGUGUGGGGGGGUGUUGAUCUCUGUGAUAAAGGUCCUGACACACUAAAGUAGUCUACCCUAGUCUUUGUGGUGUGUCCGGCUCCGUCGCUACCCGUUGGCCCCAGUUGGCCUUUUUUUGGGCGAUUCCACAUGUUGAAUCUCCGUGAGCUGUCAUCGGCGUGGUUGGGGGUAGGAAUCUCUCUGAUUGGCUGUUCAGAUAAGCGAAACAGGAGAGCCAGUGCACGAGAAGAAAUACGGAAGCAUCUCUUCUCUUCUUGUUCCACUAAUAAAAGAUUAUGGGCUGACAAUGCCAGCGCCAUUUUCACCUUUUUAUCAGACAUUAUUCUCCAUUAGAAGUUUAUUACGAGUGUUGAGCGACAGCCGUGAGAAAAUUGUCUUCUCGUAUCACAACAAUGGUUUAUUUAUCUGCGUUCUUCCUCGUCCUCUUCAGGUUUCACCUUUUGGAAUGACGAUUACAGACUACUGCCCCCUGCUGGCAUGGAGAGGUAUUGACUCUCAUGCAUAUGCAGAACAUACGUGGUGGUUGGCUGUCGGCUGUAGUCUUUGCGGUGUGUUCAAGUGAAACUUUUUGGUCGAGACAAAAGGUGUUGUGCUCCGACACCACAGGUGGCCUUCAUCGCCACUAGUUCUUUCCGUCUGCUUGAUGUGUCAGGGCCUUUAGCGGAGCGGAGUGAGGAGGACGUUGAGAACGCACAUAUAACAUCACUUCCUGCAGCUUUAACGGAAAAACCGACCCGAGUAAAAAUGUUAUACAGAAAACACAGAUAGACAGUGAACAUCUUCUUUUUCACAUCAGUUAACCGUUUGCUUAUUAAUGGGCAAUAAAAAAACGAUUUAUACAUGUAAAAAGUUACAUAUAGAACCUUUAAUGUCUGAUCAUAUAGUACGCUCUACACAGCUCACUGAUUGGACCUUUGAGUCCCUGAUUGUGGUGAAACUAGAACACACAGGAACACUUUCUGAAAUCAGUGUUCUGGUUUCAGUAAGAUCAACCAAUCAUCAGCAGGAAAAAUAAUAUCCACCAUAAUAACAUCAGUGAUGAUCUGACGAUGAUUUCUAUCUCUCUGUGAAAAGAAAUCUGAUGUGUCACAGACAAGACAGAGUUUGAAUUUCCUGACUUCCUUGAAUGCAUCAGAAAUGAUCAGUCUGACCUCCAUUAAACAAACAAACAUUUUAGUUUUCUACUUCUCUGAAAGACAAAGUUUGAAUUGUCUUCAUCAUGAUGUUCUUCAAACGUCUGCUGCAGCAAGUCACCAGCUCUGACAACAAAAAGACGAACAUGAGACUUUGAUGGAGGAUGGUAGGGAGUAAAUACAGGACACACACACACACACACACACACACACACACACACACACACACACACACACACACACACACAAUGUUUUAUUAAUGAAGGAGGCAGAAGGUGAUAAUAGUGGAACAUCUCCAUGAAACUGAAGAAGAUCCCAGGCUACAGCACGUUGCCAUGACAACCUUCAACACACACACACACACACACACACACACACACACACACACACUCACUCUGUCCCUUUCAAAAUAAAGACUUUCUUUACCAGACUUUCAAAAUAAGAGUGAACUUAUCACAAGGCGCCCAGCCACUGAAGAGUGACCUCUGCUAAGUUAGUGGUAAGGCUUCCCUUCAGAGCCUCUGCUGGAUUUCAUCUGUUUGACUUUAGUUUUAUUUUUUUUAAAUGUCGCUCCUCAAUAAAAUGAUUCUGAUUCUGAUCACAAAGGUUUUCUGAAGAAUCAAAUCUCAGAUCUUCUUCUUUAGUUUUUUAUUUUGUUGUUUUCUCGAUGAGCUCAGGAUGUAAACAUCAGUAAACAGUUAUUAUUAUUAUUCUCAACAAAGACGUGUUGUGACACGUGUCAUACUGCAGAGUGAGCAGCAGGGGGCAGCACCAGCACACAGAUACUCUGACUGAUGGAAGCUGUUUUUACAGGAUUCAAGAUGGACAUCAAACGUAUGAAAAAAAUCCUUCAGGACGAGUUUUCACAUCAACAUUAUUAUUAUUUUUAAUAAAUCAAAA